CUCGCGACUCUGGCUUGCGACAACCGUAGCAGAACAACAUUGCCGCUGGUAACUCUUUCAUCCACGCCGUAAACCAGGUCGCAGGUAGUGCGACCACCCGCCCGACACGAUGCAGGCGAUGCAGCAUCCCCAGGACCCGAGCUUCAUGGUGCACAACCAUUUGCUACCGCACCUGCACCUGAUGUCCACGUAUCAAUUCCCGUUAAUGCAACGCGUUGGUCUCCCGCAAGUCCUACAGAAUUUGUUGCAGGCGCCUCAGAUCGUUCGCGAGAUGAAGCCCAUGGCAUGGACGUAUCUCCAGCCUCCACAAGACGGUACGAUGUUCUUGACUUGGCAACCACCGCGUAUGGGCAACACCUUCGCCACCGACGGCUACAUAUGGUUGGACCAAGAGAUGACAUAUAGACAAAAUAUCUCUGGAUACGUUCUUGAGAUUUUAGUCCACCGAGCAGGUUAUGUCUUGAAUCAUGAGCACGUUGCUUCUCAUCAGCGUAUGCGGUAUCACAUUAUCGACAAAGACCCGUCGCUUCCUGCUAUUGACCCAACUCUGUGGCUCGUUCACUAUAGUGCUGCAGACCCCGAGUAUCGACGACCAGCUAAUCAGUUCCCCAUCGCGCCGCAGAUACAAAAGCUAAUGCAGGAACGCCUCUUCCUCGAACAGCAAGGCGCUGUGCUCCAGCGCAAGGAGUUCAUGCUCGUAGACCGUUCCAACUGGCCUACGGUUAGCACAAACACGGGCGUUCAGCCGCGUCAAAUGCACCCAGCGUACCAACAGAACCCGAUGAUGGCUCGACAACCACCCCAGCAAGUGUAUCCUCAGCCACAGUUGCAUCAACCACCAAACAAGCGCGCAAAGAUUGAUCGAGCAGUUGCACAAGCUAUCCAAAAGAACGAAAUUCCCGAUAUCAUUUUCGAAGAGGACACCGAAUUCGGUGACUACUUCGACACGCUUACCCCAGCAGAGAUCAGCAAGAUGCGUUAUAAGCAGCACCACGAGUGGAUGGAGGAGAUUUUUUCAUCCGUUUACUCACUCAGCCAGAUUGUUCCCGAGGAUCUAGGCCUCGGCCUGACUGGUUCAUUAAAGGAGCUUACAGACGGCAUAUUGGCCCCGCCAGACGCUUCAGGUGUGCUAGGUUCUCUCGACCCAAGCAAGGGCGGUACAGAUAGGACCAUGGCGACGCAACAGAAUGGAUACAAGAAAUUGUCAGCAGAAAAGAUGGAGGAGUUUGAGAAGAGAAUUGCGCAAUUUGUGGAGAAGGGCAAGGCGGAUAUUCAAGCUAUGAAACAACGACACGCGGAGACAGUAGCGCAAUUCAACAAAUCGAAGACAUACAUGAGAGCCGAACGCAAGCUCCGCGAUCUUAGCGGUACUAGCGAUGCGGAUGCCAUCGUUAAAGACGUGGAAACUAACCUGGGCGCGAAGAUUCUGGAGUCGAAGAGGAAAGUGUGCAUAGAGGAGGGCGGAUUAGAGAAAGAAGACAAGACGCGCGUCGCUCCUACAACAAAUGGCACGGAACCUUCUUCUAAUAAAGAAGAAACGGCAUCAUCGAAUGGCGGAUUCGGUGGAAAUGGCUCAAGUAAUGGGAAUGGCAUGUUUGAGACGGGCGACAAUUCCGCUGCAGGUCUGCUAGAGGAGUUUGGUGGAGGCUCGUAUACUAAUUCUCCGGCGGCGAGAAUCAGUACUCCUGGAAUAUCUCAGCCGCCGUCAGGGAUACAAACACCAGGUGCGACGGCUAGUGCACCAACGAGCGAAUUCAUGCGACAAGCUGGUGGCGAGGCAGCGAAUAGAACUGCUCAAAACCAGGACGACACAGGACUCGACCUCCUUGAGGGCAUGGACAUGGACGUAGACAUGACGGGUCUAGGCGGUGCCGAAGGCGACUCAUCCAAACCAGCCGGUGGGGAGGAUGACUGGGUCCUCGUGAACGACUCUGCGAACCAGCAACAAGAAACCUCUGCUGCGCAGCCUAAAUCUGCGUCUCCACCGACACAAGCUGAGCCAAGGCAGGCACCAGCUUCAACAGCGGCAAAUCCAGAGCCUGUGUCCACGCUUGCUGAAGCGCAGACGUCGACAAAUACGCCUAAUGAAGCGGGUGGCAUGUUCGAUAGUGCGGACUUCGGCGGCGCCUUGGAGGGUUUGGACACAGCCGGUGACGCGCUGGCUGAUUUCGAGACUGGCACAGGUGGUGAGGACGAUUUGGGGCUCGAUCUCGACGGUGGGGAGUUCGACGGUGCAUUCGGAGGUCAUCAGUAGGCCAUGCGCCUCGUACUCCAUCUCCAUGUUGUACUGUAUCGAUCAGGCAUACGUUGGGGCGUUAUAAUGGCAACUGAGGAGUUUGGCGAUUUCAGCUGGGAAAAGGUGCCAACACGCGCGUUUUGUGUAUGUGCGCUAGUUGGGAUAUGGACAAAUUCGUCGCGUCAAAGAAUCUAUCUUAAAAUCGUUUUAUUGUCGCAUAUGUACAAAGCUACGAAACAGUCCUCGUCCUAGCUAUUGAUUCGUAGCUUGCCCGUACAAAGACAUCC